AUCAAAAAGAAGAUGGAGUUUACAUUCAAUCUCAUUUCUUUCUUUCUUUUGCUAUCAAUCAUUUUUGCCUCAGUAAUGAUGGAGUACUGGCUAAGGACCGAAACCAAACACAAAAACAGCAAAAAGAAGAAGCAACUUCCAACGCCAUGGAAGCUCCCCAUAUUGGGCCACAUGCAUCAUUUAUUAGACUCCCCGCCUCAACAGGCGUUAGCUAAACUAGCUCGGAAACAUGGCCCUAUAAUGCACGUCAAGCUCGGCGAGAUCUCAGCCAUUGUCGUUUCAUCUCCUCGCCUGGCCAAAGAGGUUCUCAGAACGCAUGAUCUCGCGUUCUCGAAUCGGGCCGAGCUACUAGCGACCAAGAUCGUUUGUUACGACGGGGCGGACAUCGCGAGCUCCUCUUACGGCCAGUUUUGGAGACAGAUGCGUAAAAUCUGCACUUCCGAGCUCCUCGGAGCCGAGAAGGUCAGGUCGUUUCGGCCCAUCCGGCUCGACGAGGCCUCCAAUCUUGUUUCAUCGGUCCGUGAGGUCGCGGGAACCGGGGUUCCAGUGAACCUAACCGCGGUCUUAGGGACCUAUUCGAGUUCUAUGGUUUUCCGAGCCGCGUUUGGGAAAGCGAGCCGGCAUCAUAAAGACACGUUCUUACAAGUACUUAAAGAGGCAUUGCCUCUCGUGACAUCCUUUGAUAUCUCUGAUCUGUUUCCGUCUUACAAAUUUCUGCAUUCAUUCAGUUGGAUGAGGAAGCAGUUUGUGGACGUGCACGAGAAAAUCGAUAAGAUCUUCGACAGCAUCAUUCUCGAGCACGUCGAGAAUAGAGCCGCCACGCGGAAGGGAAUGGCGGAAUCUAGCGAAGAAGAUUUAGUUGAUGUUCUCCUCAGGCUCAAAGAAAGUGGGAGCCUUCGAAUUCCCAUAAAUAAUGACCAUGUGAAAGCUGUUUUGAUAGAUAUGUUCUCAGCGGGAACUGAAACUUCAUCCUCGAUUGUGGAAUGGGCCAUUUCCGAGAUGAUUAGAAAUCCAACUGUGAUGGCAAGGGCACGUGACGAAAUAAGGAGAGAAUUUAAUGGAAAACAAAUCAUAGAUGAGGAGGAUGCUCAUAAAUUGAGAUAUUUAAAACUAGUAAUUAAAGAAACUUUAAGAUUACAUCCUCCAGGACCACUUUUGGUGCCUAGAGAAUGUAGAGAGGAGUGCGAAGUAGAUGGAUAUACCAUCCCAGUUAAAACAAGAGUCCUGGUUAAUGCUUGGGCGAUCGGGAGAGAUCCCGAAUAUUGGGAAAAUCCAGAAUGUUUCGAUCCAGACAGAUUCGAAAAUAGUUCCAUUGAUUUUAAUGGAACUCAUUUUGAGUACAUACCAUUCGGUGCAGGAAGAAGAAUGUGCCCCGGAAUUUCAUUUGGUGUGGCUAACAUUGAGCUUCCUUUAGCUCUUUUGCUCUACCAUUUCGACUGGGAGAUGCCUAAUGGUCUCAAGCCGGAUGAUUUGGACAUGAGUGAGACCACUGGAUUAGCUGCAUCAAGAAAAACCCAUCUAUGCUUGAUGGCCACCUCUUAUGAUCCCUCUACUUGAUUUGGAAAGAAGUACUUCCAUAACUGAUUUAAGGUUUAAGGCAUUAUACAUAUAUAUAUAUAUAUUUUUGGCCUUGAUGUUUUAAGAGCUUUUUCGUUGGAUUUUCAAGUGUUAUGCUUGAUUAGUGAAUGAUGUUUUUUAGAACUUUUUUAUUGUUUGUUAUAAUACUUGAUCUCUUUUCCUUUUUUCUUGGAUGGAAGUAUUACUACUCUUUA